AUGGUGAUGAGGAAGCAACCGCACUUAAGUCAAAAAGAAAAAGUGUUAACGGUAUGCGCCCUGAAGAAGCAGGAGCUCCGCACUCCGCGCAACCGUGUGAUUGUGAGUCUGGCUAUUUCCGAUUCUCUUCUGGCGCUGUUUCAAGUGGCCGAAACGUUUCUGCGGCCCCUCUAUGUCGGCUGGUUCAGCUUAGUCACUGCUAUGCCGCAGGUGUUUGUUCUCAACAGUUAUCUACACCUACUUCUGCUAGCUGUAGACAGGUACUAUCUGGCGAUGUUCCAGCACGAAGACUACCAGAGCAGGACUGCCCACCUCACCCGCUGGGGCAUCCCUUUCAUCUGGCUCCUCAGCUGGCUCCCCCUCUUCCCCAUUCUCCUCUGCUUCUUCUGGCAACACAGCCUCCAGCUAGUCGCAAAGAUUAUGGCCGUGUUGUGGAUUGUGUUCAUCGUGCUGUUUGUGAGUAGUGUGGGCUGCAUCUACACCCGAGUGGGCACCCAUUUGUUUCAUUUGGACAGUCAACAUGUGUGGCUACAAAGGCCAACGGAGAGACGCAAUUACGGACGCCUCAUUCGACAGAUGAAGGGUUUCAUCGCCAUCAUUUGCGUGUCAGUGAUCGCUUUUUUGCCCACCCUCUACAUUUUAAUCACCACCCUCACCGGCAAACCCCAGACUGUGUUCGAUGACGUCAUGAUGGAACUCAUCGCUACGUCCAUUCUGAUUGGCUGUGCUAUCAACCCAAUCGUGUACGUUCUCAUCUUGCGUGAGUUCAGAGAGACGUUCAAACAUAUAAUCACGUGCCAGAUCACGUGUCCGCCCGAGAGAAGAGUGGUGGACGAAAUUGAACUGUCGUCCGAGUGAACAGUCGGCUCAGUAAAACAACCUUUUGUCGUCAUUUUGGAAAUGAACUACAUUUAAUAUACAUAUAUAUCGAAGAAACUUUCGUCGUUUAAGUGAGCUUAAUAGCAACAUAUGAACCAAUGCUUGUCAUGUCAUGAUAAAAUUCAGCUACAUGAACAUAU